CCUUCCUGGACUACCUCAUGAGCCUGCAGUCAGUCAGUACUUCCCAGCAGCAGUAGCAGACAUGAAUGACCAGAUAUGCUUCACAUAAGUGAGGGGACAGACUUCAAACAACCUGCUGGGUAUGGGGACAGAGAGUGAGAGUAUGUUGCAGCUUGCAGCGGAGGCUUUCCAGUCAAAAAACUUCGACCUAGCCGCGGAUAUCUACGAGUGCCAACUAGCGGGUCUCGGAGAUCCAGGGAGCCGGCAGGAGUUGAUGGUAAAGCGGGCUGACGCGCUCGCCUUUGGAGGCAAAUUCACCGAAGCUUUAGAUGUGUACCGACAAGCCUCGGAGACAGACAAACUGGGACCUGUUCACCUGAGCAACCUCAUAGAGUACCUGACGGGUAGCACCAGGAGGCAAGAAGGUGACAGGAUCCCGAAGAGAGGAGGUGAGGCGGGGGCGGCGGUGGCAGUUGGACGCCCGGGAGUUGGAGCCACAGGUUUCGGCUACGACUACUUCUCCUGCCGGAUAUGUCUGAGCUUUCUGUUCGAGCCGGUGACUCUGCCGUGUGGACACUGCUUCUGUAAGAAGUGUCUGGAGAGGGAGAGGAAGGAGAAGGAGCGGCCGGUGAUGUGUACAGAGUGCAGGGACAGCUCCAGAGUAGCCGAUGUGCAGAGUUACCGGGUCAACGUGGUGCUUAGCAACCUGCUGGCCAAGUGGUUCCCGACCUCGUACCAGGCCGGCCGGCUGAGGCGGGAGGGCAACGGGCUGUACGCCGAGAGGAAGAUGGAAGCUGCACUGGAGAAAUAUAACCAAGCCAUUACAAUAGCACCCAUGGACCACAUACUGUUCAGUAAUCGCUCCCAGAUCCACUCCAGUCUGAGACACUAUAAAAAGGCCCUGAGAGACGCUGAGAUGGCCUGCAGGCUCAUUCCUCACUGGUCAAAGGGUCAUGUUCGCAAGGCCCAGGCUCUGGUGUCGCUGGGCAGGACAGAAGAAGCUCUGAGGGAGUACCUGCUCUGUCUGUCCAUAGAGCCGGACUGUAGACUGGCCAAGACUGAGGCUCACAAGCUCCUCGGUGAUCUCCUGGCUCCGGUUACAGAUCAGGUUCCUGAACACAUCUCGGACUACUCCAACAUACUGUCUUUCAGAGCUCACAUCAAGAACAGCAUUAACACUCCCUCCGAGAUCUUUAGUCCCAGCUUGUUGUCUUUAGCAUCUGCUCCUUCUGCACCUGAGAGGUCAGAGGGCAUUGAGGUCAGGAGGCCAGACCACUGUUUCCCCCUCAAAAGGAAAUGGAGGAGCACGGAGGAGGAGGGAGGACAGGAGAGGAGAGGCGAAUACAAGAGAGCCAAGUCUGAGCCAGCAGAGGCUCCACUGAGUUCUGGUGACGUCUUGGACUCGACAGAUCUGGAGUGUUCUCUUUGUAUGAGACUUUUCUACGAGCCAGUGACGACGCCGUGCGGUCACACAUUCUGUCUUCGGUGUCUGGAGAGAUGUCUGGACCACAAUCCAAAGUGUCCACUCUGUAAAGAGGAGCUGUCUGAGUACCUGGUCCAGAAGCAGUUCUGUAAAACAGUAUUAAUGGAGAACCUGAUAUUGAAGUAUCUUCCCUCAGAGCUCAAAGAAAGACAGAAAGUCCACCAGGAUAAGAUGGCUGAGUUCUCCAAUCUUAACAAGAAUGUGCCUAUAUUUGUGUGCACCAUGGCCUUCCCCACUGUGCCGUGCCCUCUCCAUGUCUUCGAGCCCUGCUACAAACUGAUGAUCCGCCGAUGCAUAGAGGCAGGAACCAACUGCUUUGGCAUGUGUCUGGGAAACAACCUCAAAGGGUUUGUAGACUAUGGGUGCCUGUUGGAGAUCCGCGAUGUGCAGUUCUUUUCCGACGGCCGCUCAGUUGUGGACACCAUCGGCAGACGGAGGUUUAAAGUUAUUCAGCACAGCGAGAGGGACGGAUACAACAUGGCUGAUAUAGAGUACCUGGAGGAUGUUAAGGUGGAGGGUGUGGCAGAGCGUGAGCUGCAAUCUCUACAUGACACAGUGUACGACCAGGCCUUGGUGUGGGUCGACUCUUUGAAGAAGGAGCAGAAGGAACGCAUUGAAGGACACUUUGGACCCAUGCCUCAGAAAGACUCUGAAAUUCAGGACAGUCCUAACGGUCCCUUGUGGUGUUGGUGGUUAUUAGCUGUUCUUCCGUUGGAAGGCCGAGCCCAGCUGCCCUUCCUGGCCGUCACCUCUCUGAGGGAUCGCCUCUGUGGCAUCCGCAAGGUGCUGCUCUUUAUCGCCCACAGCAGGCUCCGGUGACGAGCCCUCCACAAAGUGUGCACCACACCUGGAUAAUACAGUAACACCCCCGCCCCUGCACACACAACCUCCUUCUCCCAAAGCAGCAGUUGACCUGCUAGUCUUCCUUUUUUGAUCCGCAAAGAACUGAUGUUGUUGCACCUUCCUUGUUGUAGCGCCAGCCCAUUCCGGACGCAGCGCUGGACUACAAUCAACAGCAAACUUUUACAAAGCAACAAAGAAUGUUGACUUGAAGACAUCGAUAUCUUCCAUUCAUAGCAUUCUCGAGCUAUGUUCAGACAGGAGGGAAAUCAAAAGAGACGUGAUUUAAACAGAAUCAUCUCCUUCCAUUGAUACAUUUCUUGUCACAGUAACGAUGCUAAUGCGCACAUGCUAAGUAUAAGUUUUUGUCUAACAUCUCCAUGUGUACGACAACAAACUGUGGUGCUGCUAUGUCUUCAUUUGUCCAAGUUUCACUGUUGCCUUUCUGGCCCUCCUCCAUUUUUCAGUAUGAUAUGAGUGAUUUCUCCUGUAUGAACAUAGCUAUGAAGCAAACUCCCCAGUUCAGACGACUAAGUGGCAAAUAUACAUUCUGCAAGAGACCAAACUAUGAAUUUGCCUUUUGUGUAAAUACACUCACUACUGAUGAGUGAAUUAUGACGACAAUACUGAUUAAGAUGUGAUUAAUUGGUAUGCCCAUUACUAAGUUUAGACAUCUACAGAUAAACCUGUGUGUUUACUAUUCUGCCACAUUUUACCAUAACCUAAAUCAUAUUUUUGGCUGCUAUUCUGUCUUCCCUCCUUAAUUGUGACUCUACCACCUGCAGCUGACUUACAAGCGACUGAACCAUUGGCAUUGGCGUGCUUUAAGGCUCUUGUUUUUGAGUUUUAUUCAUCAUUUUUAUUUGUCGGAUUAUUUAUUUUGUCAUUAUUUUUUCAUGCAGUGAAAUUGUUUACAUUUGACAGAAAGAGAUGUUGAGCUGCUCACUUCUCAAAGGCUUUUCACCCCAAACAUCAGCAAUAAUACCCCGGUAACUGGAGGGUAUUAUUACUGUACAAAUAACAUAAAACACUAUUUACACAGUCAUGAGGGGGUAAAGACUUGGAGCCAACAUGGCUGCCACUGACCAGGACAAACUCUGGAAACUAGAGUCAAGAGCAGAUUCUCUCCCAGGCCACAUAUUUAUAGAUCACCGGUGACCCAAAUCAGUAUUUUUAUUGGCCCGACACAAUCCCAGCGAUGUUGACUUAUUUGGAUUCCCUCCCUGGCAGCGGCCUCUUCAUAGCAGAGACCCUUGUAAUACUUAAAGGCUUGAAUAGAGCCUGUCAGUAAUGCAGAAAGCAACAUCUGGAUUUCUGUUACCAUUAUGUCCUAAGUGUAUUUAUUCAGUAUUUAUUCUCACUUAUUUUGCACUUCCACUUUAUGUAAGGGAAAGAAAUGGUGCAGACAGACCUAAGGAUGUAGUAUUUGGAUUACUACAGAAUGAAGUCAAAAUGUUGUGGUGGGUAAAUGGCACAUAGCAGGUACACCACUGCAAAAGAUCUGUUUGAUGUGUGCUAUGAGUAAAGGCUGGUGCCUUCUGUCCGCACAAUUACAUGGUGUGGAACAUUUUACAUGUUAAGUACGACAUACCAGGCUCAUGUUAAGGUUCAGUUUCUCCCUUUCAUGGAAAUGUCCAUCCAUCGAAACAUGAUUUUCACAGAAAAUAAAUGAAUUUCUGAGCAAAUGAUGCUGUGUGGAAACAUGCUGAGGCCUUGCUGAUGUCUGUGACAUGACUGUUAUUACAUGGCAAGAGCUUAUCUCUGGAAAAAGGCAAGAGAUUGUUGAACUUUGCCUUCUAAAUCUUUUAUUUUAUAUACAUGUUUGAUGAUGUUUCGAUGUCAAUCGGGUUCUUUGUAUUUUAGACUUUUCUUCAUUUAUUUCAUGUGUAAUCGUGUCAUGUCAGAUCAUCCACUUUUAUUAUUUUGUUUUAUAAGGGCCAAAGCCAUGUAAUGCUAAAAAAUGGAGAAACUGAUUACAUUUAAUACCACAAUCUUUUAAUAUUUUCCCCAUAACAAAUGUUAAUAUUAUAGUCAGAUGGUUGCAAUAUGACACAAUCGAACAGCAAUGGUGUAUUAUAAUUUAUUGAGUAAUGACCCAAGUGUUAAAGUCUAUUGGAAGAUGACUGUCUUCAGAGACGUUAAUGUUGUAACUAGUAACCACUAAGAAGUGAUGAAGCUCAAAUUUGGCAGGAAAGGGAAAAGCCAAUAGUCAGAUAUAAUCACACCGCCAGUGUAAAAGCAUGUCGCACAGAUAUUCAGAGACAAACGUAUUUCCUGAUAGACGUGAAGGGAAAAUCCACCUAAAAUGAAAUCGCAUGUUUUUCCUCUUUUAAUUUUUCUUACAACGUGUGAACAUAAGUAAAAGUUAAAAAACAACAACAGUAAGACUCCCGUGAUGACGGAGAUCAUCAUUGACUGUAAAGCCUCUUGAUGUUUUGUCUGUCACAUGACACCAAAAUGGGUUCGGGCUAAAAUCUGAUAUAUCUGUGCAUUAUUGUUCAUCUGUGACAGCGGUUCUAGUGCCUUAAAUUAUACUUCUUCCAUUUUCACUUUGAUGUAUGAACUAAAAUUGCAACUACUGUGUGCUAAUGUUUUGUGUGACAACCUGGAGUUCCUUAAAUAACAUCUUAAGAUGAUGUCUUUAAGAACAUGGACUAUGUCGGAGGUGUUUGAGAUAUCUUUCUUCAACAUGACACCAAUUUACCCUAAUCUGUUUUCUCAUUUUGUUCCCAGAAUACUACAUAUCUAAUGUAAGCAUAGUUCCGCAUUUUGGGAAAUAAGCUUAUUAGAGUUAUUGGAGAGGAUCGAUACCGCUCUCGAUGUACGUUAAAUCCAGCAGCUGGUUAGCUCAACUUAAUAAUAAACCUCCCUUAAAACCACAACUUGUCGCAUUUGUUUUUUUAAACAAACAAACAUUAUAACACGAUAAUUAGUUUAGAGUUAGAGUUAGAGUUUCGGGCCAAAGGUUCUUAAAGACAUUGUGGGAUUGAAUUGCCUUCGGUAACCAACCCCGCUGUCCUGGUUGAAUCAUACUAAUAACAGUAAUUACAGCCAAUUGCUACCUUUUUUGGUGCUUUUUAUUUAAUAUAUGGAAAACGGUGCAUAUUUUCAUCUGAUGAGAUUUCAUAUGCUUUGGAUUCCUCACAGCGAUGAUUCAAGAGGAGAUGUUAAUCAGGGAACAGCACAGGUUAUAAACUGCCCAGUUGGGACGUGAAUUCAGUGGAAGUUGUCUUGUGUUGAAUCCUGAAAGUUCAGGAUGGGUUUAAGCUGCUGUUUGUGGCUUGAUGAUAUCAUUUUGACAUUGCAUAGCUCUCUAAAGUCUUGAUCAUUUUAAUGAUGCUGACAAACUGGCACUGACAAACCUUGUAUGUUCGUGUUGGGUUAACAAGAACCACAACAAAAUAACAACAGAAGUAGCAGGAAUGGGAUCUUUUUUUGAUAUUUUGUUAUCCAGCUAUGCAAAAAACAAACUGUAGGAUGGCGGAUUAUUGCCCUUUGAUAUCAUAACCUUUCAGAAUUCAACCCUUGACCUUUUGAGGAAGUGAAACUACCUCUAGCAUCCUCCAAGAGCUCUUCCACAAAGACAGAUAGAAAAACUAUGCUUCCUAAUUGUGUUGUAUUCCUGUGAUUGUUGUAAUUUGAAAGUCAAACAAACAAACAAUGUAUAUAAUCUGUAUCACUGCUCCAAAAUGUACUUUUGUAUUGUAAAUUAUGUCCAUGUUGAAAUACAGCAUCUUCAUCAAGUAAAACUGCAAAUGUGUCAAUUCAAAAGAUUCUGUGUAUGUAUGUGAAGUGUUUGGAGGAGCACUGGAUUUAAUCACCUGGCAAAGUAAACAGCGUCUUGAAAUGUCAACCUCCUUUAUGUUGACAAAAUUCUGAUAUAACAAUCAUAGGGUUCAAAUAUAAAUCUACAUGUCUUUUGUUCAGUCGCUACAUUGCCUGCUUCUUUCAAAGGUAGUUAACCUCCUGUCGAACUCCAUGGCCUCUAAAUGUGUCCGCUGAAUUCGUACAAGAUGAAUUUGUGUAUGUCUCGACAUUUGAUGUUUUCUGUACGUUUCUGUUUUUGAUAGUAAAACUUUAGUGUGCGUUACUUUUGCAAAAGUACAUUCUUGGAGCUACAACUUGUGAAUAAAGCAAAAGGUUGGUGUUGCCA